AUGGUGGUCUGCGACAUUCUGUUGUUGCCCAUUGGAGAUUCGGAUACGCGGUUUUGGAAGCCUUCGUUGCAAGGCAAAGUGACGGCUGCACUUGCUUUUUCCCAUCAUAGGCAUAAAUUUCCUAAGGUUUCUUGGGGAACUUGGAUUUGGGAGCCCUUCAUUCCGGUACGUAGAUCUUUGGUGUGCUGGCGACUGUUACAUGAUAGAAUGCCGACUUAUGAUAGACUCAUUAGACAUGGCAUGAUUAUGCCGAACUGGUGUCCCAUUUGCAAUAGAGCUUCUGAGACGUCGGAGCACAUUUUCUGGGAUUGUGAGCUUGUGAGACCUGUUUGGAAUGAUUUCUUCAAUUGGUUUCACUUCCCGGAGGCUUUGCACUCGGCCGAUAUUCAUAGUUUUUUGGUUCUUGCUUGGGGUAGGAAGCUGAGUUCUCAGCUAAGUAAAUUCUGGAAAGCUAGGAUUAUCGCUAUGAUCUGGGCUAUUUGGAGUCAACGCAACAAGUGUGUCUUUGACAAUUAUAAGUUUUGUCAGAGGCGCAUCCUUCAUGUGGUGAGAGUGGCUUUCCUGGAGAUGGAAAUGAACUUUAAGAAGCUUGGUCACAUGGACAAUAGUUGGGCGAACUAUACUGUCUUACGGAAUAUUGGUAUUAAAAGAAGAGCUGCGCCCCCGCCGACUUUUAUUUCGGUCAGCUGGUGGCCACCUACGGCGCCAUGGAUGAAAGUCAAUACGGAUGGGUCGGCUCUGGGUGCGCCGGGUGCUAUAGGAUACGAAGGUGUCUUCCGUGACCACUGGGGAUGGGUUCGUGGAUGUUUCCACUACAAAUACAGCAUGUGUAAUGCUUUCGAGGCGGAAUUACUGACUGUUAUUAUGGCUAUUCGUAUUGCUCGGGCGAGACACUGGACUAAACUCUGGGUCGAAUCUGACUCCACUUAUGUUGUUGGUCUUCUUCGAGAAAAUUCUAAAAACGUGCCUUGGAGGUUUAAAGCUUCUUGGGACGACAUCUUGAGCUCCCUGUCUUCGUUUCAGCUGCACAUCACACAUAUUUUUCGGGAAGGAAAUAAAGCUGCGGAUUUAAUGGCGAACCCUUCACGUGAAGAGGGAUGGUGGCCUCAUGAGAUUGAAGAAAUAAAAGAUGUUGCCCGGCAGGAUAUGGCUGUGCAUUCUUAUAUUCGUAUUUCCCGUUAG